GCCCGCCCCAGUAGCUCUCUAGCUGGGUGCCCACAUCCCCACCCCGCCCUCCAGACGCUGGAUUUGCGCCCGGUGCUGCUCCUACUUUGCGCCGCCUCGUAGUUGAGUUGUGUUUAUGGUCUGAGUUGCGGCUAAACCGCCCGCCCGCCUGCCCGGUGUAGCGGGGAUCAGGAGGAAAGGGGAGAAUGCCGGAGCCGGGACAAGAGCCCUGCAGCAACACUAACACCCAACCUCCCCAGCCGCCGCCGCCUCCCCCGCCACCGCCGCCACCUCCGCCGCCGCCGCCGCCUCCUCCGCCACCACCCAAGGACUCCCCGUUUUCCAUCAAGAAUCUACUUAAUGGAGACCACCACCGGGCGCCCCCAAAGCAGCAGCAGCCCCCAAGGACGCUCUUCGCCCCGGCCUCGGCCGCUGCGGCCGCUGCAGCCGCGGCUGCUGCCAAAGGGGCCUUGGAAGGCGCUGCUGGCUUUGCGCUCUCGCAGGUGGGCGAUUUGGCUUUUCCCCGCUUUGAGAUCCCAGCACAAAGGUUUGCGCUACCUGCACACUAUCUGGAGCGGUCUCCAGCCUGGUGGUACCCCUACACUCUGACCCCCGCGGGGGGACAUCUGCCCAGGCCAGAAGCGGCCGAGAAAUCCCUUCUGCGAGACUCGUCCCCUGCUUCGGGCACCGACAGAGACUCCCCGGAGCCUCUACUCAAGCCGGACCCAGACAAGGAGCUGGACUCCAAGAGCCCGGAUGAGAUCAUCCUAGAGGAGAGUGACUCAGAGGAAGGCAAGAAGGACGAAGUGGCUGCUGUGGCCGGCUCAGGGGCAGCCGGGCAGGGCGGCGAGGACUGGAAGAAGCGUGCCGACAGCCCGGAGAAAAAACCCUGCCGGAAGAAGAAGACGCGCACGGUCUUCUCACGGAGCCAGGUCUUCCAGUUGGAGUCCACGUUCGACAUGAAGCGCUACCUAAGUAGCUCCGAACGUGCGGGCCUGGCCGCCUCCCUGCACCUCACAGAGACCCAGGUGAAGAUCUGGUUUCAGAACCGCCGGAACAAGUGGAAGAGGCAGCUAGCGGCGGAGCUGGAGGCUGCCAACUUGAGCCACGCAGCCGCGCAGCGCAUCGUGCGAGUGCCCAUUCUCUACCACGAGAACUCAGCUGCCGAAGGCUCCGGCGCGGCCGGGGCCCCAGUACCAGUCAGCCAGCCUCUCCUCACCUUUCCCCACCCGGUGUACUACUCUCACCCAGUCGUCACAUCGGUGCCAUUGCUGCGGCCGGUCUGAAGGUGGGGCAGGGGAGGGCGGCGCUGGGGACCCUCCCCUACCCCCCACCCCGGGACUGGACGCGUGCGUGCGUGUGCAGGGGUGUAUGUCGACUGGUGGGGAGUUGAGAUGGGACUGACCCUCCCGGCUCCCCAGCUCGGAGAGGUCAGGAUCGGCUUCAAGAACCGGAGAACAGGGGUCAGUGUCCCUUUCCCCUUCCCUCCCUUCUCCCCUAAAGGUAACAUUUUUGUAUGUAUUCUCAAUGCAUUUCAGUGCAUUUCACCCUCGCUAGAUUGGAGACUGUUUUGACUCUUGUCGGCUUUUCUUUUGGUUAUAAGAAUGGUAGAAAAGCAAACCUGGAUUCAUUUUUUUUUUUUUUUAAACCGGCUAAGUCUCUAACGUGCCACUUCCAGCUUCCUGCCCUAAAUAUGCUGAACUCUAGCUUUUGUUUUUAUUUUUAAAUAAAGAAAAUAACAAAGCACGAGUUUAGAGGGAAGAGAGAGAACAAUCACUUUAGUUUCCUCCCCCACCCAUCUUCUAUCAUUAUUUCCCAAAAUAUCUUGAGGAAGGGAAUUAGUAUUGCACUGCUUUUAGUUCUUAGGUUUCGUUUCUUUCCCAACCAAUUAAUUUUCCUUCUCUUUUAGUUCUUUUUGCCCCUUUCAAAGAAACCAAUGACAAGCUGUGUCUCUCUACCCAACCUCUCUAACAAUUUACCUGUUUUUGGAACUGGAAAACUCACUAAGAAGGUCUAAAAGGAGAAAAGAAAACCAAAAGAAAAGCCCCAAACCGGAAAUGAAAACAAUUCCAUUCUCUAACCUGGUUUGAGUGAUAUUAUUUAUUGGUAACCUAUUAUUUAGGGAGUAAUCCUCCUUUGUAAAUUAUUCUUACUAUUAUUAUUUCUGCAACCUCCCUGCCCCCACUUUUUUGUAAUUUAAUUGUUGUACUUUUGACCUGUGCAAUAUUGUACGAAAUUUUCUGAAAGCACUGCGGCUUCCUCCAGGGAAGGAAAGGAAUAUUUUCAUUGUAAAAUUGUGAUGAUUCGAGUAGCAAAAUAAAUAAAUAAAGUAGUGGGGGAAGAAGGGUGAGGAAAGAGACUAGGAAAAUUGAGCACUAUCUCUGCUCAAAGAGGCAGCUGGUUAUUGGAGCGCUUUAAGUGAAGGACAAUCAAUUUAGAAUAAUUUUAACUUAUUUGAUAAAUGUACAGUUUUCUUGUAAAAUUCACCCUAAACCUCACAACCCCGAGGUUCUGCCAAUCAAUCCAACCUAUGUUUCUUUCUGUCUACUAAGCCUGUUGUCUAGCAAUAGGUUCCGUCAUCUCCCCCUUCCCACCCCCAAAGAUUUCCUUUUACAUCUGUCCGGGUUCGGUCUCUUUUUAAGAAAAAGGAAAAAAAAAAGUAAAACAUUGUUACACUGAUUGUCGUUGUGAGAUUGAAAUAAAAAAAAAAAAAGCGCAAAGGCACUUAUGUUCCAAGGUUGUGUAACUUUUGGAAAUUAUCUCCAACAGGUGUUUCUGAAACACCUACUUUCUCUCUUUACUUCUCUCCCAUCCUUUCUAUUUAUUGUGCGAAGUGGGUGCACAGAUCUAUAAUCCACUCUCUAAGGCAGACAAAGAUAGCUUUGUUUAAAACAAGGAAGAUUCCCCCAAUGAUAUCUUGCCUGGAUCUUAUCAAAAGGGAGAGGGAACGAGGGGAAUGAGAGUUUUGUUUUGUUUUGUUUUGUUUUAUAUAUGGUUUGCAAAGACUGACCAGUCGGGAUCGCUUAGUUCUCUGUUCCAACGUCUCAUUGCCAUAUGUACCUGUGUAUGAAAGUUGUAGCUCAGUUAUUUCAGGGAUGCGAUAGAGCUUCCGAAAAAACCUUUUAAAGCACCUUUUAAUCUAUUUUGUGCCACCAGGACUUAUCCUUUUUGGGUCGUCCUUGGAUAAAAGAGAGAAGGAAGGAAGAGGAAGGAUAACUUGGCGGUUAAACAUCCGCUAGAGGUAACGCGAGGCAGGUGCAGAGACUUCAAAUACCGGAGAAGCUUAAGCUCAUAAGAAAGAACUGAAAGUUGGCCAGCCAAACCCGAGACCUCAGUCUUCUUGCUCAGCUUUCGGAUGUGUGUUCCUCCACUUAGGGACAGCGUUGCUUCUUCAGCCAGCUGCUGCAAAGCUGUAUAAGUGUCGAAGUCUUGGUCUAAAAAAUAUUUAUCUAUCUUUGGAAAAAGAUAGCAACUCUGUAUCGUAGGCUGAUCUAUUGGGCCUUAGUUGUAGUUUUCCCCAAGCCAGCUCUGAGACUCAGCCGGGAGAAAAGGUGGAGGUGGAAGCCCGUGGCUUGAUUUACCUUCGGGAACGGGACACGCA